GCGGGGCCGCCCGUGUUUACGUCCGGCCCGGCGCGCCGCGUCGCCGCCCGGGGUCGUGCUGCCGGGGUCCGAGCGUCCGUCCGCGCCAUGGACACCAGCGAGCUGUUCGCCAGCUGCAGGAAGGGGGACGUGGGCCGAGUGCGGUACCUGCUGGAGCAGCGGGACGUGGAGGUGAACGUGCGGGACAAGUGGGACAGCACUCCCCUGUACUACGCCUGCCUGUGCGGACACGAGGAGCUGGUGCUCUACCUCCUGGCCAACGGCGCGCGCUGCGAGGCCAACACCUUCGACGGCGAGCGCUGCCUGUACGGGGCGCUGAGCGACCCCAUCCGCCGGGCGCUGCGCGAGUACAAGCAGGUCACCUCCUCCUGCAGGCGGCGGGAUUACUACGACGACUUCCUGCAGCGGCUUCUGGAGCAGGGUCUCCACAGCGACGUGGUCUUCGUGGUGCACGGGAAGCCGUUCCGGGCGCACCGCUGCGUCCUGGGGGCCCGCAGCGCCUACUUCGCCAACAUGCUGGACACCAAGUGGAAGGGCAAGGCCGUCGUGGUUCUCAGGCACCCGCUGAUCAACCCGGUGGCCUUCGGCGCCCUGCUGCAGUACGUGUACACAGGCCGGCUGGACAUCGGCGUGGAGCACGUGGGUGACUGCGAGCGCCUGGCCAAGCAGUGCCAGCUCUGGGACUUGCUGAGUGACCUGGAGGCCAAGUGCGCGAAGGUGUCGGAGUUCGUGGCCUCGAAGCCCGGCACGUGUGUGAAGGUGUUGACCAUCGAGCCGCCCCCCGGGGACCCCCGGCUCCGCGAGGACCUGGCCGUGCUGGCCGACUGUGCGCUGCCCCCCGAGCUCCGGGGCGAUCUUGGGGAGCUGCCCUUCCUGUGCCCCGACGGCUUCAGCAGCUGCCCCGACGUCUGCUUCCGAGUGGCCAACUGCAGCUUCCUGUGCCACAAGGCUUUCUUCUGCGGCCGCAGCGACUAUUUCCGGGCCCUGCUGGACGGCCACUUCCAGGAGAGCAAGGAGCCCGCGGCCUCGGGGGACCCCCCGGCUGUCACCCUGCGGGAUGUCUCUCCCGAGGUCUUCAUGCACGUGCUGUACUACGUGUACGGCGACCACACUGAGCUGUCCCCCGAGGUGGCCUACGACGUGCUCAGCGUGGCCGACGUGUACCUGCUGCCCGGGCUGAAGCGUCUAUGCGGCCGCAGCCUGGCGCAGCUGCUGGACGAGGACAGCGUGGUGGCCGUGUGGCGCGUGGCCAAGCUGUUCCGCCUGGCACGGCUCGAGGACCAGUGCACCGAGUUCAUGGCCAAGGUCCUGGACAAGCUGGUGGAGCGCCAGGAAUUCACGGAGGCCGUCCUGGAGGAGGCGGCGGCCGUGGCGGCCCGGCAGGAGACCGACUCCAUCCCGCUGGUGGACGACAUCCGCUUCCACGUGGCCAGCACGGUGCAGACCUACAGCGCCAUUGAGGAGGCGCGACAGCGGCUGCGGGCGCUCGAGGACAUGCUGGUGGCAAUCGGCCUGGACUGCUGAGCUUUUAGGGACACGAGUGUGUGCGUGCGUGUGGCUGUCCGUCCGCUCUUUGCUCUCUCGAGGAUGUCACGGUGGGUCGGGGCUGGAGCUGGCCGGGGCCACCCCUCCGCCACGAGCUUGGGGACCCCCGAGGGGGAGCUGAGCCCCCCUGUCCCGGUGCACAAGGUGCCCCCGAGACCCGGGGUCCGAGCACCUCUCAGGGAACCUGGCGCGGGGCGGGCUGUGGUCCCCCCAGUGCCACCCUCCGUCCCUCAGACCCCCUCCCUGGCCCCGGCUGGCACCGGCUGGCGUCCCCGGGCCACUCGCGCACGCACAGGGCCGGUCAGGGCCAGGGGGCUGCGUGUGGCAAUAAAGCUUGGAUGUCCCCUGGGCGUCUGAGCUUGCAUCCUGGGUGGCAGCGUGGGACAGGCGGGGGUACUGGGAGCAGGGUUGGCGGGGGGCGAGGGCAGGAGCCCAGCAGUCCCCAGCCCCGUCCUGGGUCCCUCCCUGCUGGGCCACCUCCCGGGAGACCCUUCCCCCCUCCGUCCCGCUCCUGGGCUGGUCUGUCCCCAGGGCGGCCCUUCCCGCGGGGCUGUGACCUCGUGGCACAGUUCAAAGGCAGAGUGGAGCCCCGAGAAGCCUCAGGGUCCAAGGUAGGGGGGGCCCGAAAGGCACCCUGAGAAACCCGCCCCCCACUUCCCCGAAUAAGGUCACAGCCCCUUGUGUGUCCUCAGCUUGGUGACACAGCCCCGGGGGCAGGACCGGAAGGAAAGGGAGGUCUUGCGGGGUCCCCUGAGGUGUCUUGAGUCACCCUGCGGUGGUUUUGCAAUUGUUUAUAAAGCUUUUCUGCUUUGUCAUUUUCCAGAA